AUGGCGAUGGAAAUAGCAACACCGGCUCCUGCACCGAUAACAUCCCCAGAGAUAAACAUCAUCCUCUCGCCAGCAAAGACGGAGACUCACAAGAAGAACAUGAUUCAAGUCUCCAACACGAAGAAACCAUUGUUCUUCGACGUUAAUCUCGCCAAGAGGUGCAUUCAGCAACACAAUGAGGUCGAGCUCUCUGCUUUGCACACAGCAAUAAUGAUGGUGGUAACAAUCUCUGAGAUCUUGAAGAACACUGGACUGACUACAAAUAAGAAAGUGUUGACAUCCACUGUGGGAAUGAAGGAUGAGGCCAAAGAAAAGAUGGUUCAGAAAGCAAAGAUUGAGAUUGUGCUGGGGAAAUCAGACAAGUUUGACUCUUUGGUGCCACCUGUGACCAGUGGCAAGACUUAUUCUUUUUUUUAUAGGUUUUGGUUAUGA